AGGAUACAUCCAAAAUACGUUAGUCGAAAUGGGUUAUCCUAGUAGAUUUGUCAGGAGACACAUGAAUGCUAAGUACAAUAAAGAGAAACCGAUAACAGUUAAAAAGAAACAACUGUUCAUCAAACUGCAAUUUAAUGGGGACGUGGCUAGUGAAGUCUUACAUCAGAGAUUAUCGAGAGCGAUAAAACAGACUUAUACUGCCGCCACCCUCUGUUUGUCAUUUUCCAGCCGGCCAAUUUUGAUUGCUCAAGUGAAAGAUAAGUUACCUAGUUGUGCCACUUCCAUGUGUAUCUAUAAAUUUAGUUGCUCCUGUGGAGAAAGCUAUAUAGGCCGAACAACUAGACAGCUUAACGAACGCAUUAAAGAGCAUCUUCCUUCAUGGUUCGGAAAAGGUCAAAUAAAGUCCAUACGAAGUUCUAUUUUGGCUCAUUUGAUUGAUAGUGGUCACCAAGUGGACAAAAAUAGUGCUUUCAAAGUUAUUUACCGCAUUCCAUCAAGUCUUUCGAACGGAAUCAGAACCCGUCUUUUACACUUAGCCGAAGCUAUGGGAAUUCGAGAGAACAAUCCUAGUCUUUGCAUACAAAAGAAAUUUGUUCUACCUUUGUCUCUCCCUUGGCCUAGGUGAAUUCUAUUCAAAACCCUCCCACCCUUUCUUAUCAUCCCUCUCCUUCGUACUUUUAUGAUAUUUAUU